AUGGCCGACGGUAGGCUGUGGCUGUGGCUGUGGGUAUCUGAUCUUACGCCCACCACGCAACUUCAUCCGUUGCCACGCCGGGCUCGAAGCCAUCUCGCCACCCACGCCCACCCACAACCGCUCGCCAGCCCGCAGCUGCUAGAGGAUUCCGAUGGUGCUCCUAGUCGCGUGGCACUUGCAAUCGUCCGCCGGGUUCCCUCCAUCUGCUUCCUGCGCUUGCAACGACGGCAUGUCCCCAGCCUGUGCUUGCUCUGCCUCGAGGCCGUCGAUGGCGUGUCGCGCUGCGUCGGGUCACAGCUCGCCCGCGGGGCAUUGACAUCAUGA